AUGCUUGUGUCGAGUUACAUCCCUUCGAAGAUUCUAAUUGCUGGUCUUAGCGGCGCAGGGAAGACUACCUUGCUGUACAAACUGAAGACAGGAAACGUGGCUCUUAUGGAACCUACUGUUGACUUCAACAUCGAAACGAUCUCGUACAGAAACUUCAGCUUCACGAUGUGGGACAUAGGAGGACAGACAACGACUCCGGAACUGUAUAAAUACCACGUACAUGAAAUCGCCGCCAUAAUAUACGUUGUGGAUAGCUUGGCCUCGGACCGCAUGGAUGAGGCGAGGAGGCAGCUGGACAUGGUGACAGAGAGACCUGUUACACAUUUAAAGUCGAUCGAUAGCAGAGUACGGAGACAAAUGACACUGUUGCGUAGUUAUAAAGACGGUCUCCGACCGGGGACUGUAAUUUCCCACGAGCACAAGGCCAGCGGGGCUCGAGACAUUGAUACGGGCGAGGGAAGUCAUUCCCACACGCUUAGGGUCACCGGGACGGAAAAUCUCGGGAUUCCCUAUGCUGGUGCUGGCCAAACAAAAGUAACGACCUUCCAGGGUGACCUCAGGCUGAACCUGAUUUCGAGUCCCUGA